GGUCAAUUCCCCGCCCAUGCGCAGUUGCGACGGUGUCAAUGUGCGUAGCUUGGUAGUGUACAGCGAACUGAGCUGACUCCGAGUUAAAAAUGGCAAUAUCAGCCGUUUUUGUGAAGUUUCUACUUGUUGUCUUAGUCACGCUGACAGAGUCAUCGCUGAACACGGAAAAUAUCCUGAUUAACGUGAUAGCCGGGUCGCCAGAUACACAGGAGCCUUACAAUUUGCAGAUCAAUUUAAACAUAUCAGUGGACAAGGAGCAAGUAUUGGUAAACAAUAUCCCCGUUGAGCUAUCAGCGGUGACCAGAUUAAACUGUCAAGCCCUUUUCUUGGCCAGCACAAAUGGAAGCAGCGAGUAUGGGGCUGGGGACCUGCUUUCUACUGUCACCAGGGUGAUGGUGACCCAGAACCAGCUGUACAGUGACGCAGAAAAAGUGGUGGCUCUGCAGGUGUUCAGUGAAGUCAUGGAGUUGGAUGGCAGAAAGGUGCAGCAGCCUGAUAUGUGUGAGGUGAAAAUACUGCUGAGCCCAGACUUCCAGAAGCUGGCCCAGUACACCAACACCUACCCCAUGGGACACAGUGACAUCUUCAGGCUGUCCAGAGAGCACGACGUGGUGGUCACACAUCCCGCCAACCAUCAGAAAGCAGAGGAGCAAAUGAUGUCCCAGACCACCAGCCAGUACGCUCUCAAACACUCGGAGACCACGCAAGAAGAAAUCGCCGCACCGGGGAAACUCCCGGAAACGCCGCUGCGCAUGGACCCUGAUGUCCUGCAUGAUGCCAGCUAUGAAGACGCAGAAGACCUGGGACAACCUGAGCAGACUCCAGUGGAGACUUCACCCAAAGAAUUUCUCUCCUAUUCGGCCAUGUGUCGCUGGGUGGAUGACUUCCGGGAGCGUCUGCGACACUUCUGUGCCCAGUCACUGCCCCUCUUCUUCCUGGUCAUGUGUGUGGUGGUCAUCGGCGUGGUGGGCUCGGCCGUCAUCGUCAAGAUCCUGGACUUGUUCUUGCCCGCCUGUGAACCCAGGCCCAUGUUUCAACUGAAGGCUGUGAGUCUGGUGCCAGAGGAGGAGGAGGAGGAGGAGAAGCACACGCUCCUGGACAACUUGGACUUGGAAGACCAGGACCAGAGGAAGCCUUGAGGGAAGACUUGCUUUUUUUUUUGUCUUCUCGGCAGAAGUGAAAUGUUUAUUUUGUAACGUUCAUGUGACCUCUCAGCCUUGUGAAGACUCCAUGUGCUUUAUAUAUUCAUGUCUUCACCACACAAUCACAACCUCACAUUACUCUUUUCCAUCUUCACUGUUUAUUGCUGCUGUCCAGCUCCUCUAAAUCACUUUACACUAUUUUUUACGCUUUAACCCCUGCGGCUUACAAAACAGUGCAGAUUAUUCAUGGAUUUUUCUUCAAAAACGGCCUUAAUGUUAAGUAAUGGACAACAUUUUCACUGAAAAGGUGUGUUGUUGUUUGUGCUGUGGCGCCAUCUUCUGGACGAGUUCACUCACUGCGCGUGAUGCAGGUUGAAAAUGUAUUUCCUGUUUGGUUCCUUUGAACCAGAAGUAUGCUGUAGCAAUUCUGCCCAAAAGGAUUCUUCACUCAUCACUUUGAGCAACAAUUGUAAAUUUUACAAUAUAACUAAAACAAUUCAUGCGUACUAAA